GAUAUAUCAUCGAUAUGCCAUAUCUUGUAAUUCGUUUUUAAUGAUGCUCACAGAAGUGAGAAUUUACUCAACACAUUUCUCUAAUCGUCCUCCUGGCGAGACCAUAAAAAUGGUUCCGGCGACUGGUAGCUUUGGUGGGAGUGUUGUGACGGCAGUAUUAGUGAUGUGCACUGAGUUGUUGCUGGUGAUAGAAGUGAAGACAUUCUCACAGCCCCCAGGGAGGUCUAUGGCAAUACCAAAAGACUCGAACAAAUCGUCUCAAUUGGUGAGUAAAAAAACAUACACAGCGAAUUUUCUAUAGUUCCAGGUAACGGUAAUAGCGCCAACUGAAUUAUCGAUUUUCGCCGAACGCAGUUACCAGAUUGACUCCUAUUAUAGCGUGGAUGACCGCACUGAAACCUUAUGACAAAGUGACAUCUUUGGGUGGUAUAUUUGGCAACAUCAAAAUAGCCAAGAACAAGACAGGAUGCGGAAAACAAGUACUUUAAAUUCCUUGAAACGACUCGCCACAACAAUAACGGUGUGUUUCAUCUACAUGUCACGAUAACGAUAAACAGACCCAAAAAGCACAAGAAUCAAAACGGACAAGGUAGAACUCUUAUAUUUUUGGAAAUUCCAGGAUCAUUUACCCAAUUGAGAUUGUUCUACCACCAAAAGCUCCGCGAAGAACGUCCCCCAAACAAAAAUUUACACGCGAGGCUGAGGCACAAUUCGUAAAACCAGAAGUUUUCAAGGAUAAAAAACUUUCAUUGAGGUUGCGGUGUUCUAUGAUAGGAAAUAGACCAUGUGCCAGACAAGGUAGUUAUGGUUACGUUAGGCAAGCCAUAUUCCAGAAGCCUUCUAUAUGCCACAGCUGCUGCAGACGUAUUCAGUCACAUCCAUGGAUUACCUCGUUGUCGUCAUGAAAGUCAGAUGGUACCUUGUUCCUGCAUUGGAUGUUACAAUGACGAGAGAACAAGAAAUCUUUCCACAUGGCUUUCACAUAGGUAAAUGUAACCCAAGAUAUAAAACAUCAAUUGUGGGGGCCUACAAUGGCUGUCUGUACACCAGAUUCCACCAAAUGUUCUCAUAUAUGAUUUCUUCUAUGCACAGAAGCUUCCGACCUGUGCGUGGACAAUUUGAAAUAUCAUACCAAUUUCCAUCGCGUCUUGAAUCCCCCUGCAAUUCUCGCUUCCCUCGGAUUUCCACUGAGUGGUACGGUGAUGAUAUUUAGUGAAUAGUGUUGAUGCUAUGGCUGCUUCCAGUAGAUCAUCAUCGUAUUACGAUGACAUGAGCAACGAGUUCUAUUCUUCGGGUUUUGAUGACUAUCAGAAUGAUGUCAACGAGUCUCUAGACUUUAAUCGUGUCUCAUCUACGAACUUCUACCUCGGUCCUGAAAUGUUCCUGAUUCCUCAAAUGUUUGAUGAACAACUCUAUCCAUCUCAGCAUGAAUUCGCCGUUAUCACAUCGACUUAUGAAUCAUUUCAACGUUUCUCACCUAGUUCUGGGUCCACCAGUACUAAGGCCGACGGCGAAGAGCAGUUUUUGCCCAGAUCACUCAGUGGAAUUUGCGGACAAUUGACCACAGAGUAUCGUGAAAACUCAAAAGAUCCGCCGAAUCCAUACGCAAUCGAAGAGAUGUAUCGUGAGAAUGAUAACAAUAUAAAUUUAGAGCUUUCCCGCAAGAAACGGAGACCUUCUCAAGACAAAAAGACACGAAUACCAAAUAUCCCUCAUUCAAAUGUAUUUAAGCUAGGUUUAAGGAUGCCAUCAAUUUCUAGGGAGGGAUCGCAACCCACAGCAUCACAAGAAUCUUUGAGCUCAGUUUUCGAAGUCAAUAUGAAUCAGCCAACGAAGCGCAAAGCUCGGAGUGCCUUUACACCACAAGAAAAGAAAAAAGUGGAAGCGGUGAGGAGCGUUGGUGCUUGUAUUCAGUGCAAAUUCAGAAAACGAACUUGUGGGACUAAUGAGCCUUGUCUGUUAUGCAUUCGACGUGCUGGCAGUGCGGAGUUUGCGGCAUCUUUAUGUACAAGAGAAUCGCCGUUUGUCGAGCUAUCAAUAAUCUACUCUAGCAAAUUACUCCCACUUAUAACCGAUUUCGAUGUUGAGUUUUCAAAUUUAGAAGGUCAACGGAAGACUAUCAAGAUUGACGGAAAGGGCCCUGCCUCUUCCCCCCUACAUUUUGAAGUCAAUGAGAUACAAUCAUCGUUGUUGACCGAUAAUUUGCUUAAAGAAGUUCGUCGAAUAAGUAGACUCAGCUCUAGGUUCUCACGCCCGCUCAAUCCCAGUCCAGAUCAGUCAAAGUUUGUGAUUGUUCUUGAUCCGAGACUCUUCUCAUCUCAAAGGCUUGAAGAAUGGGUUAUGAGGUACACUGACGGGAAUAAAAUUGACAACGUAAAUUCCACCUCUUUUCUGUUCGGGGUUGAAUAUGCCAAAGAAAAGCUGCCAUAUGCAGAUCUAGUAGAGAAUACAACAAAGCUCAUAGCAUUCAGCUAUAUUCUCUGCAAAGGAUUGAGAAUCACAACGCCUGCAGGCCAGCAAGAUAUAGCUGCUCAACACCCUGUACUACGCGCACAGCUCGAGACAAAACUCUUUCAUCUUCUCCGCCAUACCGAAAAGCUUGUUUAUGAUGAGCUUCAACGUCUAGUCUUCAAAACCUCUGGACAGUUACCGAAGGACGCGGUUGUUCCUGUGGCACUAGUAAUUUGGUUGCUCACCAGAUUACAAAGUUUGAAAGCGAGCCAUGUCAUCAAUUUGAGUGAAGGGAACAGUUCUCCAUCCACGGGAACGUCAUCAACAGCUGCAUCUCAUCAUAAGCAUGUUCUUAACCUCCUCAUAAGCGUUUUCACCGCCCUACUUAGAUCAUCGUUCCCAUUACUCAUAAACUUUGAAGACAAAUGCAACAGAGACUUACUAGGGGGAAACGAGGAUUUGAUACAACUAUCCAAGAAACUGAGGAGAGAUCUGAUAGCGUUCAAGAGAAGCAGCCAUCUCAAAGCCUCGACCUGGAACCAGGAGUUCUUGAAAGAGCAAGUGGAUAGAUUGAAAGAUAUGUUGACGGAGUAGAUUUCCGGGGACAUGGGGAAUAGAUCCAGAAAGGGCUUGUUAAGCAAUG